AAAGGCAGAUGCUCCUUUAGGUGCGUCGAUAUGUUUGCUAAAUUAAAGGGAGGUGUUGGUGGCCCACAGCCACCAGCUAGCGGAGGAGCUCCUGACCCUGCUCCAGUUUCAGCACCGACUCCUGCUCCUCCUCCAACUGCAGCUGCAAGCAAGGACAAAGAACCUCCUGCAAAGGAAAAUGUGAACAAACCUCAGGAUCCUGCGCCAGCUCCGCCUCCUGCCGUACCUCCAGCGAACCCCGAUCAAAUUGGAGCAGAGGGAAAAGAGGAAGCCAGCCCUCCGCCAGUCGUCAUCAAUCGGUAUUCAGAUGAGCAGCUCCGCUCCAUAGUGAAGCGUUUGAGGGAGAGACUUCAAAUCUACAAGGAGAAAGUGACUGAUCAAUAUGCUUCAUCACCAGAGAUCAGCCCCCCUGUCACGCCGCUCUUGCGCAAGGGCCACUACGCUCAACUCGUGGAAGAGAGGAAAAGGCAAGCAGAGGAGGAGCGGAUAAAAAAGGGGGAGGCGGAGAAGAAAAAGAAGGAAGAGCAGGAGAAGAAGAAGAAAGAGAAUGAGCAAAAAAAGAAGGAAGAGGAGGAGAGAAAGAAAUUGGAGGCAAAAGAGAAAGAAGACAAGAAAGACUUCAGGACUGUCUUGAAGGAGAAAAUGUGGGCUUAUGUGGAUGUCUUUCUGAAGCCCUUCGAGGAGUGCAUGGACCCGGUUCUUGGAAGCACCAUUGAUCCUUUUACAGAUCGUCGCUACAUUGCCUGGUUGAGCUUGGUGACUCUUGCCUUCAACUACAACGCCUGGUUCGUCACCGCCCGUCUCUGUUUCCCCUACCACACCGACUGGGCCAUCCCUUGCUGGUUGGCCAUGGACCUGCUGGCUGACUGCAUCUACCUGAUGGACAGCAUCAUCUUCCAGUCCCGCAAACAGUUUGUCAAAGCGGGCGAUAUCAUUAAAGAUGGAAAGAUGGCAAAGAAGAAUUACAGAGAAACUGAGAGGUUUAUGGCCGACAUCGUGUCAGUGUUGCCCUUUGACCUACUCUACUUCCAAUUUGGUUUCAAAUCCAUUUUCAGAGCCAACCGUUUGUUGAAGGUGGAUACAUUUUUCGAAUUCAGCGACCGCCUGGAAAGUAUCAUGGCAAAGGCUUACAUCUGGAGAGUUAUUCGCACCAUCGGCUAUCUCCUCUUCAUACUCCACAUCAACGCUUGCUUGUACUACGUAGCAUCCGACUACCAGGGCAUCGGUCAAACCAAGUGGGUCUACUCCGGACUGGGAAGUGCGUACCUGCGUUGUUACUACUACGCUGUCCGCAGUCUGAUCAACAUCGGGGGUCUAAAUGAACCCCACACCGUCUUUGAGAUAACGUUUCAGAUGACAAACUUUUUCACGGGCGUCUUUGUGUUCUCCAGUCUGAUCGGACAGAUGAGAGAUGUUAUUGGUGCAGCCACAGCAGGACAGACUUACUUCCGCUCGUCCAUGGACAGCACUGUGGCCUACAUGGUCACUAACCGCAUCCCCUCCUUGGUCCAGAACCGUGUCCGCACUUGGUAUACGUACACCUGGGAUGCUCAGGGAAUGCUGGAUGAGUCUGAGCUGCUGGAUAAGAUGCCUUUGGUGAUGAGAACGGCCAUCGCUGUGGACAUCAAUCUGACCACUUUCCAAAAGAUUGAUCUUUUUAAGGGCUGUGACCAGCAGAUGUUAGUGGACAUGUUACUGAGACUCAAGUCGAUCAUCUAUUUGCCUGGAGAUUUUGUUGUCAAGAAAGGUGACAUCGGUAAAGAGAUGUACAUCAUCAAGAGCGGAGCGGUGCAGGUGGUGGGAGGACCUGACAACAGUAUCGUCUUUGUCACACUUAAGGCUGGCUGCGUCUUUGGAGAGAUCAGUCUGCUGCAGUCAUCCAAAGAUGGAGGCAACAGACGGACAGCAAAUGUCAAAGCGUACGGAUUCGCUAAUCUCUUUGUUUUAGAGAAAAAGGAUUUGUUUGAUAUCCUGGUACACUACCCGGAGUCUCAGAAAGUCCUGGCCCGAAAGGGAAGGAAAUUAAUGAAAGCCAAGGGUCCUGCAGCAGCCAAAGCAGAUGAGGAAAAGAAGAAAGGUUUGGCACUUUUUGGACCCAAGCCUCCCACACCCAAAUUUCUGCGGGUCAUGGGCUGUGGCUUGAACAAAAGAAUGAUGGACAAACUCAAGUCUGCUGCUGCUGCCACUUGACCCAUACUUCUAUUGAUUCAUGUUUGUCAACUCCAUUUUGGGAGUCUAUUUUUUUAUUUAUUUCAAGCCUCUUAUACACUGAGAGACAAUGUAUAUUUUUUACUUUACUGUCAAUGAUU